AUGUCCUCCACCAAAUAUGAGCCGGUCAAGGCCGAGGACGAGCUGCCGCCGGGAAGUGCUGCUUCCAAUGAGUCCUCCGCCAACAUGACCCCGGACUCCGAUCUUGACGAUGAAGAAGACGAUUUAGAGGGCUUGGAAUAUGAAGAGGGCGUCGAGUUGCGCGACUUUGACAAGCUGGGUGCCAAUGGAGCAGGCAGGAGCGAUCCUGGGGAAGGCGCGGCCGGCGAUUCGGAUUCGGAUGAAGACCACACCCCUUCCUCAGGUCGCAAACGAAAACGCAGAAGCAGUACUGCCUCCUUCGAACUAUACACCCCCGACGAAGAGCGACGCGUGCGGCGCAAGCUCGACACCCGCCUCGUCCUCUUCGUCGCCCUCCUCUACCUCCUCUCCUUCCUCGACCGCAGCAAUAUCGGCAAUGCGAAAGUCGCCGGCCUCAUGACCGACUUGAACAUGUCCGACAAUCAAUUCGAAUGGCUGCUGACCGCCUUCUACAUCACCUACAUCCUGUUCGAGUGGAUGACGCUGUGCUUCAAGAUCUUCCCUCCGCAUAUCUACAUCGCAUGCUGUGUGUGUGCUUGGGGGGUGCUGGCUUCGCUUCAGGCUUUGGCGACGACGUGGAAAUACAUGCUCGUCGUGAGAAUAUUUCUGGGUAUGGGGGAGGCGGCAUUCGUCGGCAUCCCAUUCUACCUCUCUUUCUUCUUCCGCAGAGAGGAGCUAGCUUUCCGCGUGGGUUUAUUCAUUGCGGCUGCACCUCUUGCAACCACCUUCGCCAGCAGUCUCGCCUGGGGCAUUGUCAGCCUAGGCAACAAGACGGGCAUUGCGAGUUGGCGCCUGCUCUUCCUCGUCGAGGGCUUUCCAGCUUGUGUCGUCGCGGUCUGGGCUUGGUAUUGGAUCCCAGACUCCCCAGGCCAAGCGCGCUGGCUGGAUGCGCGAGAAAAGAAAAUCGCAACGCUACGCAUGCGCAAGGAAAAUGCAGCAAAUACAAGCACGGAAAAGAGCGGCGGCGGCGGUACCGUGCACUCCACCGUUCCGCGCCACAAGCGCAAGUUCCAAUGGACAGAAGUGGUGCAUGCCCUCCGCGAUCCCAAGAACUACCUUAGCGCCGGCAUGUUCUUCUGCUGCAAUGUGGCAUUCAGCAGCAUGCCCGUCUUCCUGCCGUCCAUUGUCAACGGGAUGGGCUACUCCACCAUGGCAUCGCAAGGCCUCUCCGCGCCGCCCUUCUUCUUCGCCUUCCUCGUCGUCCUCGUCACCUCAUUCGUCUCCGACCGCCUGCAAAGCCGCAGUAUUCCCAUGAUGUUCCACGGCCUGCUAGCCAUGUCCGGCUAUCUGCUCGCCACCAUUGCCGGCGCGCUACAGACCGGCCCUACACUGCGCUACCUCGCCACCUUCCCCAUCUGCGCCGGCUUCUUCUCGGCCGUGACCAUUGUCAUCACAUGGACUCUCAACAACCAAAUUUCCGACGAGGGGAAGGGUACUGGCGUCGCCAUCCUGCAGUAUAUCGGACAGCUGGGACCACUAAUUGGCACCAGAUUAUACCCCGAUACGCAUGCGCCGUUCUACGUCGCUGGAAAUGGCGUGUGCGCUGUUGCUAUGGCCAUGGUGUUUGUCCUCGCACUCGCCUUGAGAAUCGUUUUGAUAAGGGAAAAUGCGAGACGGAGGGCACGGUGGAAGGAAGGCGUGGGGGAGUCUUUGGUUGGCGGUGGAGGCAUCGCCAAAGGUGGGCAGUUCUUGUAUUUGACCUAG